UCGAGAGCUGAAGUAUGUAUAGACUCAGAGUGGACAGAUAACACAUGCAAUGCUGUUUCCAAACGGAAAGCUUUUUGUCCAAAAGGAUUUUUGUCAACGAGCUAUAAACCUCAUAUUCAGGAAACAUCAGCAAGAAUGUUGGAUGUAUUAAUAAUUGGAGGAGGUCCUCAUGCUCUAACCCUCGCUACAUUGCUCUCAAACCCUGACAAACCUCUCUGCCAAGCUAGCAUACUUCAAGGAAUUCAACUCAGCAAAACCAGAACUAAAAGUGUACACCACAAAAACAAAAAGAACACCUCCAAGCAAGUGUCUGGCACAGAGAAUGAGACCAAAGAUCUGCCAUGUCCUCCAAUACACUUCAAAGUGGUGGAUUCUUAUGGAAAAUGGACAUCACUUUGGGAAAGUCAGUUCACUGCCCUGAACAUCCCUCACCUUCGAUCACACAUGCUGGUACACACAGAUCCAUUUAAUAAGAAGGCCUUGCAGGACUUUGUGUUGGAGCAAAAUCGGCAGGCAGAACUGCACAGUCUACCUGAGCAAAUGUACAUUCAGGACGAGCAUGCCUUUUUCAAUGACAAUCGCCUGGGAAAAAAAGACAAGAAGCUGCUUAGCACAACAAAAGGCCUGCAGAAAAACCUGUAUUUCAGUCUUCCAGGAACACAGCUCAGUAUAGACUUCUUCCAGGAGCAGGUUCGCAAAUAUGACCUGGAGAGUGUCUUAAUCAGAGCCACGGUGGACAGAAUCAUCCCGGUCUUAACUGAGGAUGAAAGCAAAGUGAAGUUUUUCAAGGUGACGCUAGACACUGGGGAAAUUAUAGAGGUGAAAUCAGUGAUCAUGGCGACCGGGCCCUCAAGGGCGCAGAUGGCAAACAUCCCAUGCUGGGUGCAGGCAAUCCAGGAGAACUACCCAGAGGAAAGUCUGCGACACACAGUGCAGCUCAUGCAUAACUUCUGUACGCAUGAAGAGCAGGGUGAACAUUCUUCAGGUUCUCCUACAGUGUGUCAGAUGGGUCAGAGAGUUAUGGUGAUAGGUGGAGGUUUGACCAGCGCCCACGUUAUUUCCAUUGCACUGAAACAGGGUGCAUGUCAUGUGACCUGGGUCUUACGUAAACACUUACAGCUGAAGCAGUUUGAUGUUGGGGAUGUCGAGAGUCUUAUUGGACGCUAUUCACAUGUUGAGCAUGGGAUCAAAUUGGAUGGCCUGGCCUACUUAAAGCAGUUCUAUAAUGAAAGAAGUCUUUAUAAGAGACUAGUAAUGAUAAAACAAGCCAGGAAAGGAGGAGCAGUGACCCCUGAGGCCUAUGAACAACUUCAGCCUUUCAUUAAGAGCGGAAAGCUACUUAUCAGAGCUCACUGUCAGGUGACUGAAGCUAAAUGGUGUUAUGAGUCCCAGCAAUGGAGGGUCUCCUUGUGCAGUGGUAAACAAUGGAGAGGAGAACGGAUCUGGCUGGCAACAGGCUGCAAACUGGAUGUUACUCAGGACCCUUUACUCUCUGAUGUCAAGAGACAAUUCCCCGUUCAUGUCCUGGAGGGCUGGCCAUGCAUAACAGAAUCCCUGAAGUGGACAGCAGGAUGCCCUCUCUAUCUGAUGGGACAAUAUGCAGCACUUCGGAUUGGGCCACAUGCUGUGAACCUUGCAGGGGGUCAAGCUGCAAGUAUACGGAUUUUCAAAGACCUCAUGGUUCAACACAGUGGACUAGAUGACAGUAAAAAAGCAUGCAUGGAGAAGACCUGCACUGAAGAGUAUAUUUCACACAUGCAUGGUCUCAUGUGGCUGUAAUACACCUGAGGAGAGAGGAGGAACCAGAUCAACAGUCUCUUAUGUCAAGCUGACAGCUUCAAGGAAGAGAAUGAUUCAUAUACAGGAAAUGCUGAGAACAGCUUUAAAAUGUUGCUUUAGGACAGAAGAUGACUAAUAAAUUGCUCCAGUUUUGUUAA